AACACUUGCGCUGUCAGCCGGCGCAGGUUUCUGCGCAGGUCUAUCACAACAUAGCAUGAGCGCGUGCUAUUACAGGCUGUGUUUUUUCGUAAUUUCUUAAAUUUUAGCAAACAUUAAUCUAAAAUGCCACCUAAAGGGAAAGGUGGUAAGGGUGGUAAAGGAGCAGCCUCAGGAAGUACAGACGCUGACAAGAAAGAGAAAGCACCAAAGGGAGGCACUGCUGUGAAGGUUCGACACAUCCUCUGUGAAAAACAUGGAAAAUGCAUGGAGGCAAUGGAGAAACUGAAGGCUGGAGUCCGUUUCAGUGAAGUAGCGUCACAAUACAGUGAAGACAAAGCGAGACAAGGAGGUGAUCUGGGAUGGAUGACACGAGGAUCCAUGGUUGGACCUUUCCAGGAUGCAGCAUUUGCCCUACCUGUCAGCUCCAUGGAUAAACCGGUCUACACAGACCCCCCUGUCAAGACCAAGUUUGGGUACCACAUCAUUAUGGUAGAGGGGAAGAAGUGACGAUGGGCGUACAAAUUCUGCAGUGUGCUAUGUUGAAAAUCUGAUUAUUUUCUAAUCGAUGUUUGCUUUUUAUUUUACAGAAUGUUUAAGAGUAAGAAAAUUAAAUGACCCUCGUGUGUCAGCUUUGUCUUUGCCGAAUGUACACUACCUUACUGACCAUUCAGCCUGUGGGAAUAUUCUUACAAACUUAACUUUUACAUUCAAACAAUUCACUGGAUUUUCUUUUUCAGUUUAAUAAAGUUUGUGGAAGUCAAACCACAAAUGGCCAAAUAAAUACAUUUUCACUCAAGUA